UGUAUAUUAGAAGAAGAAAAUAAACCAGUUAACCAAUUAUACCAGAGAGAAAAUUCUUGGUAUAUUACUCGAUGAAAAUAAUAUUGCAUUUGCGUGACCAAUCACCAAUGUGAAUUCCAAAGUAUCACGUUGCUCGCUUCCCGGAAAUAACUUCACACCUUCCCUUAUUGUUCGGUCACUUUAUUCCUAUGUCCAUGAUACAUACAUAUAUACAUAUAUUGUACAUAUAUUGAACACAUACUUUGUAGUUAUUUAAUGAUGGUGUAAAAUAUAGAGGUCCGCUGUGUUUGACAUUCGUUUCACAUUGUAGCUAUGUAAAAUGUUCACAUGUGAAGUUUUAAAAUUUGUACAGAUAUUGUGAAAUGUAUAUGUAACGAAUUUUUGUACUUUCUGUGUGAUAAUUUACUUACAUAUAUAUUUAUAUAUAUUUUUUAUUAAUCAAAUAAGAAUAUCAAGAAAUUAUUGUAAAGGUGUUUUGGAGAAAUAGGUGAUUUGGAGAAAUCCAACCUCAAAAUGCAAUGAGAGAUAAUGAGCAGACUAUAAAAUUAUAAGAAUUUAAAGCAUUUUUUAAAGAAAGUAGAUUCAAAAAUAUUUUCAAAAUUUCGACACACAUAUUCCAAAUGCGUAGUCGUAGUAAUUCUGGUGUCCGCUUGGACUAUUACCAACGGAUUGUACAUAAAAUUAUUAUGAAACAUCAGAAUGUUGUCACAGGGCUUUUCCCUGCUAGUCCAGAAAAUGACCAUGCAUGGGUUCGUGACAAUGUAUACUGUAUUCUCGCUGUUUGGGGUCUUUCAAUGGCAUAUAAAAAGAUAGCUGAUGCGGAUGAAGAUAGAGCUAAAACAUAUGAACUGGAACAGAGUUGCGUAAAAUUAAUGAGAGGUUUAUUGAUGGCAAUGAUGCAACAGAAAGAAAAAGUUGAACGAUUUAAGUCCACUCAAAAUCCAUAUGAUGCUUUACAUGCUAAAUACAGUUCUGUUAACGAACAAACUGUUGUGGGUGAUACAGAAUGGGGUCAUCUUCAAAUAGAUGCCAUAUCUCUUUAUUUAUUAAUCCUGGCCCAAAUGACUGCAUCUGGUUUGCAAAUUGUUUUCAACUUGGACGAGGUUGCAUUCAUUCAAAAUUUAGUGUUCUAUAUUGAAUCAGCUUAUUGUACUCCUGAUUAUGGAAUUUGGGAGAGAGGAGAUAAAACAAAUCAUGGGUUACCAGAACUAAAUGCUAGCAGUAUUGGAAUGGCAAAAGCUGCGAUGGAAGCAAUGAAUGAAUUGGACUUAUUUGGUGCAAGAGGUGGACCUACCUCGGUAAUUCAUGUAUUAGCAGAUGAAGCACAAAAAUGUCAAGCUGUUCUACAGUCUAUGUUACCACGUGAAUCCAAUUCGAAAGAAUUAGACAGUGGUUUAUUAUCUGUUAUAAGUUUUCCAGCAUUCGCUGUAGAUGAACCUAAUUUAAUUCAAUUAACAAGAGAUGCUAUUACUAAGAAGCUGCAGGGUCAUUAUGGAUGUAAGAGAUUUUUGAGAGAUGGAUAUAAAACGCCAAAAGAAGAUCCUAAUAGGCUCUAUUAUGAACCAUGGGAAUUACGUAUGUUUGAAAAUAUAGAAUGCGAAUGGCCUUUAUUCUUUUGUUACUUAAUCGUGGAUUAUUGUUUCCAAGGCAAUAAAGAGGCAGUAGCAGAUUAUACAAAACAAUUAGAACAAAUUAUGAUCAAAGCAGAAGAUGGAAUAAAGUUAGUACCUGAAUUGUAUUCUGUAGAAACUGCAAAUGUAUCGGCAGAAUAUGCUGAACCAGGUAGCCAGAAGCGUGUUGCAUUAGGCAGAUGCCCAUUUAUGUGGGCUCAAUCUCUUUACAUAUUAGGAAAAUUAUUACAAGAAGGUUUUCUUGCUGUGGGUGAAUUGGAUCCAUUAAAUAGACGUUUGUGUAGCGAGAAAAAGCCGGAUGUUGUAGUACAAGUUGUUAUUUUAGCAGAAGAUGCUGAAAUUAGAGAAAAAAUAGCUCAACAUGAUAUUCAUGUACAAACAAUUGCAGAGGUUGCUCCAAUUGAAGUGCAACCCGCAAAAGUCCUCAGUCAUUUGUAUACAUAUUUAGGCCGAAAUAAAAAAUUAGGAUUAUCUGGACGUAAAUCAAGAGAUGUAGGAAUUUUAAGCACCAGUAAAUUAUAUUCUUUGAAUGAUAAAAUAUUUGCAUUCACUCCACAGAACUUUGAUGCGGAGGAGUACUACACGACAAAUGAUGCAGCCCUCCUUGCCAACACUUUUACAACCAACUUGGCCUUCCUCACCAUCAACUGGAAGCAAAUGCUCGGCAGACCAACUAUAACACUUGUUGCUACUCAUAAUCAUCUAGACCAAGGAAAGAUACCAUUGGCAAUGAUAACUACUAUGAAGAAAUUAAAAAGUGGUUAUAUCAAUGGUACAAGAGUUUCAUUAGGGAACUUAAAUGAGUUUUUAAGUACCUCUUGCAUUACAAAUCUAAGCUUCUUAGGAAGUUCUGAAGAUGGUAGGCCAGAUAAAUUGAAUCCGCAGGUCCAACAAUAUUUAGAAGAACAUCUGAUGCGCGCAUUCCCACAUCGUACAGGUCUCCUGAAUAGACCGAUAACUAAAACUGGAAAAAAUUUAAGACGCAGAAUGUCAGUUAAAGGUGCUAUAAAGAAAACAAGAUCAAUUGCUGUAGAACCUGAAAUUCUUGGGGUGGCAGGAGAAGAUAGAAGACCUUCUGCUGUUCUAAAUACAAAUCCAUUUAUUGAAGUGACAGAUACGACGUUAACUCCCAAUUCUACGCAGUCGGCUCCCAUGGAUCGAACACCGUCCCCUACAGAUGAAUUAUUAUCUUGGACGAAUUCUCCAAAGUUACAUAGACACAGAGGUAUAGGUGAAACUCAGUAUGCAGAUACAGAAGUAGAGGAAUUGUUAACCAUGCUUCGAGAAACUGAAAGUUUAGAAGAACAAGGAGAUAUUUUACAAUAUCUUGUUGAUUCUCAAGGUCUGUAUUUCAAUACUGGUAUGGUAGAAGAAGGUCAUCCAGUUUUGAUAAAAGAUUUACUGAAAGAUCUCUACGAAAAGGCUUGUCAACAAAAAAUGUGGGGUAUUGUACGCCACACAGCUGGCAUGUUAGGAAAACGAGUAGAAGAUUUAGCCAAAGCAGUCACUGAUUUAUUAGUUCGUCAGAAACAAGUUACGGUUGGAAUGCCACCAACUAACGAGCACACUAUUGUCGCACCAUUGCCAGAAAAUGAAUUACGAGCUUUAAUUCAUCAAGCUUAUGGAGAUGAUGAAUCUACUGCUAUGCUAACGCAAGAAUUACUUGUUUAUUUAGCAAUGUUCAUUAGAACGGAACCACAAUUGUUUCUUGAGAUGCUCAGACUUAGAGUAGGUUUAAUUAUUCAAGUAAUGGCUACUGAAUUAUCAAGAACUCUAAUAUGUACAGGAGAAGAAGCAUCCGAGCAUUUGCUUAACUUAUCGCCAUUCGAAAUGAAAAAUCUUUUACACCAUAUUAUAAGCGGGAAGGAAUUUGCCAUUAGCAGUGUUGGUCGGGGAAAUUUUUCUGUUAUCAGUUGCAAAUCUAGUAAAGUUAGCAAGAAAUCACAAAUUGGAGGCUUCUUAAGUUCUGAUCAAACUGAUGGCAACGAAGUAGAGCCAGACCGACAAGGUCAAUGGUUACGACGACGAAGGUUGGACGGUGCAUUAAACAGAGUGCCGCGAGAUUUUUAUCCUCGAGUAUGGCAAGUGCUCGAACGAUGCCAAGGUUUGGCAAUCGAAGGCAGAAUUCUACCUCAAAAUCUUACACAGGAAAUGACAUCAGGGGAAUUAAAAUUUGCACUAGCAGUAGAAACUGUAUUAAAUACUAUACCACAACCAGAAUAUCGUCAGUUAGUAGUCGAAGCUUUAAUGGUAUUAACUUUAGUAACUGAAUAUAAUGUGGCAACAUCUUUGGGAGGACUUAUUGCUGUUGAACAAUUAGUUCAUAAGGCUAAUGCCAUUUUUUUAGAUGAUCAGAUGAAAAUUGAUGGUGAUGCUACUCUGUGCUGUGCUAAACCAAAAGAGCAACGUGAAACAACCGCAAUGGGAAAUCUUCUUUGUGGUGGAGCAGCGUAUGUUUGUCAACAUUUUUAUGAUAGUGCUCCAAGUGGUAGUUUUGGAACAAUGACAUACAUUACAAGAGCCAUAGCCUCGCUAUUAAAUUGUUUACCAAAGGAUGGUGAUUUGGAGUGUUCAAUAUCGUAGUUAUUUAUUUCUUAGAAAUAAACAAUUUUUAGUUAAUUAUGUCUAGAAGUCAUCUUAUAAUUUACGUUUGUUGUUUAAUAUUCGCCUGUGAAAUAUAAGAAAUUUAACCCGUUA